AUGGCCUACCGCUUUGUCGAUCCCGCGCCCUUCAUUCCGUGGAACUUCGAGCGAGUGAUGAUGAAUGGUCAUCGUCCGAUGUCAAGGGUGGUACUUGGUCAACAGCCAUGGCGGAACAACGAUGUCACCAUUGCUAUGAUCUCACCUCUCCUGCAGCAUCAGGUGGACUUCUCAGCCAUUCGAGGUGUUCUUGUGGAUUUCAUCAAUGUUGAGAAGAGGCUUACCUACGAAUCAAUUCAACCUUGUCCUUUUGGACAAGCCUAUGUUCGCUUCUCCAACUUUCAUGAUCGUGAUGGGAUGAUCUUCAAUAGCCCACAUCAUUUUGGUGAUGUUCAAAUUUCUUUCAUUCCGCACGAUAGAGCCUGGGAUAAUAGAACUGUCAAUCUGAAUCAUGAGGUGUGGUUGAUGCUAGUAGGCUUCCCCUUGGAUUUUUGGACCUAUAGUAUUAUUGAGAAAGCCCUUGGGACAUUUAGCAAGCUUAUUGCUUGUGAGGAAGACUACAAUCAUAUGGCCAGAAUUAUGAUUAAAGCUUGGGUAGUGGAAUUAGAGGAUAUCCUGUGGUUUGUGCUUGUUUCUGAAGGAGAUGAUUUUGAGAGUGAGUCCUGGACUGUCCAAGUUGAGAUCCUACAGUCCAAAAUGAUUGGUGCUAUCCCGCAAGAUGAGGACAAUCCAUCGGAAGACCCAGAAGAUAUCAACCUGCAGUUCUUCGAUUUUUUUUGUUUGCGGUCAGCAUGGUCAGGGGCCACAGGGUCCUUCUCUCCUGGGCUGCUGGAGGCAAUCCGAAUGGUGGACAUGCUUGUGCCUUUGAAAAAUGUGGUGAAUCAAGGUGAUAUUGCAGCGGAUCAGAAUGAGGUAGAUGAAGACAUUGACCCUGUUUCAUCUAUUGGUACAAACCUCCCUGACCUGAAUGUUGUUCAAGAGCCUGAGCCCCUGCCACCGGCUCCACCUUUGGCUUUUAUGCCUGAAGAGAUAGGGGGAGAUGCCCUUAUGAAUGAUGCUGAACUAGCAGAGUUAGUUGCUAAUGAGACAGCCAUCCACGACCCUGAGAUUGUUCCUGCAGCUGAAACAUCAGAAGGUCCUAUUGAUAACCAGACUCUGCACCUGGGUUUUGUGGAGAUCAUGACACCAGAGGUUGAUCCAGUGUUUGUCGACCGUUUCCCUGCGGGAUUCAAGCAACAUCCGGAUGCGGUUAGACAGUGGGCUAAAUUCUUCUCUUCAGGCCCACCCCAAAAGGCUAUUGAAGUUCCUCUUCCUUGGGCUGACUUUGUCACAAGCCUGCUCUUGCAGCCCAAACACUUUGACGACAUCAAGAACUUCAUCUCUUCAGAAGCUUGGAGCUUCUUCGCUUCUUCAACUUUUAGUAAUAUUAGCUUCUCUGUUCCUUCAGUUUGCCCAAUUUCGCCCAACUCUGUAGCUCUUCACUCUGGGGUUUCUAUCUCGCCUUUGGAUGCACCAGUGUGGGAGCCUGAACCAGAGGAGUCUUCAGUUCCACAAGGCAAUAUCUCCCCGUCUACUCCAAAGGGUAAGCGGCCUCUGGUGGAGACAGAAGUCCGGCGCAGCCCCAGGAUCCAGAAGUUGAACAAUGGUUUUAAAAACAACCGCUGUGCUGAAAAGAACUGCUUGGCCUGCAAUGUUAAACCCCCCACCAUUCCCAACAAUGUGAUCAAGAGCUCAGGGGCUGAGUUCUGCAAGGUGGCCACCUCUGAUCUGUCGGAUGCACGCCUACAGGAAAAGAAGAGCAAGAAACCUGCCAAGAAAUCUAAGACAGGGGCUCCUGGGGACUCCAAGGCAAAGAAAGCCUGA